AUUGAAUCAUCAAGUACGAAAGAAACUCCUCUUCCAAAAAAAAAAACUCCUUUUUCCCUUAAUUUCACGGAGAAAAACGGUGAACAGAUAGAUACCUUGCUGUAGAUCGAGUGCUAAAGAUGAGAUCUUCGGCCUCCUUCAACCUCCGCUCUAUUGUAUCAGACCGCAGACGGAUUCUCCCAUUCGCAAUUCCUCUUUAUUAAUCGCUUUCACUUAAUCCCCACAUCCAAGUAACUCUCUUUCAUUCAUUCCCGAGAGAGCUGCGCUUCAGAGUUCGAGAGGAACGAAGAAGCAUAAGCCGAAAGAUGAAAUUUUCGAGCUCCUUCCUCCUCCGCCCCCCAGCUUUAGACCGCAGAUGGAUCCUCCCUAUUGCCAUCGGCUCUUCCUUCUCUCUCCUCCUCCUCUUCUUCACCACCCUUUCUUCCCCCGUAAACGCCUCCGCUCUCCUCCCCUUCUCCUUCAUCUUCUCCCUCCUCUCCUCCUCCCGUGUAUCUUCUUCCUUCUUCACCCCCUCCUUCGUCGAAUCAAAGCUGCAAUAUUUAUCCUCUUCCUCUUCUUCUUCGUCUCUCCCACUUCCCCCACGUCUUGCCUACCUAAUCUCCGGCUCAGCCGGCGACGGCUCCAUGAUCAAGCGUACGCUUCAAGCUCUCUACCAUCCUUCGAACCGUUACAUCGUUCAUCUCGAAGCCGCUGCAUCUCCGGAGGAAAGGAAUAAUCUCCGAGACUUUGUCGCCGGUCACCCUGUCUUCAAGGAGGUCGGAAAUGUCAGGAUGAUCGCAAAAGCCAAUCUUGUGACCUACCGUGGGCCCACCAUGGUCGCCAAUACCCUCCACGCCGCCGCUUUGUUGCUUCGGGAAGGUGGCGACUGGGACUGGUUUAUUAACCUGAGUGCAUCGGAUUAUCCUCUUGUAACGCAGGAUGAUUUGUUGCAUACCUUCUCGUAUCUGCCGCGGAAUCUGAACUUUCUUGAUCAUACGAGUAAUAUUGGGUGGAAGGAGUUUCAAAGGGCAAAACCAAUAAUUAUUGACCCAGGACUAUAUAUGUCAGAGAAGCAGGAUGUUUUCUGGAUACCCCAGAGAAGAAGUGUGCCAACUGCCUUCAAGCUUUUUACAGGAUCUGCUUGGAUGGCGCUCUCCCGCUCUUUCAUCGACUACUGCAUAUGGGGCUACGACAACCUCCCUCGAACAGUCCUCAUGUACUAUGCCAAUUUCCUUUCAUCACCUGAGGGCUACUUCCACACUGUGAUUUGCAAUGCUAAAGAAUUCACUAACACUACUGUCAACAAUGACCUGCAUUUCAUAUCAUGGGAUAAUCCUCCUAAGCAACACCCACAUUACCUCAACUUGAAGGAUAUGGAGGUUAUGGUCAAUAGUAAUGCGCCAUUUGCGAGGAAGUUUCGAAGACAUGACCCGGUUCUCGACAAGAUUGAUGCCGAACUCUUGUUCCGUCGGCCCGAAAGGCUUGUUCCAGGGGGAUGGUGUGUAGGGAGCAAAGAUAAUGAGAGUGAUCCAUGUCUCGUCGUGGGAAACGGUUCUGUUCUUCGUCCCGGCCCGGGCGCAGUCAGAUUGCAAAAGCUUAUGGAGAGGCUUUUAUCAAAAGAAAACUUCAGGUCAAGGCAGUGCAAGUGAUCACUGCAGCAGGAUUUACUAUAAAAAUUGUAGGAAAUGCAGUAGUUGUUGACCAGUGUUCUUUUUUUUUUUUCUUAGAUUGAUGAAAGAAUGGAGGAAUGUUCAUUUAUCGUUCCCUGUGUAGGCACUUUUUUGGAUUAAUGCAUAGAGUUAAAUAGACAACAGGAUUUAGUUGAUGAUGCUUUGUUUUUUAAUCUAAUGUAAGGAGAAGUGUCUGGAAGUUACAUCCAUAUACAUAACAAAUGUGCAUAUUUUGUAAUCAGAGACCUGCAUUGCUUCAUAAAAUGAUACUUUUCAUGUU